AUGGAUGCCGAUAUAUGUAAAACGUUCACUCCUUUAAGGAACGUGAUUUUCAAUUCGGACGAUGGUAUAAGUUAUCGAUUUACAGAUGAUAAUGAUUACAAAGAUUACUGUACUGGUGGAAAUUGUAAUGAUGAUACCGAUAAAAUGAAUGCUAGAUGUUUACAUAUUUUUGAUGCAUUAUUUAAGGAUAAGUCUGAGUUUGAAACAGAUGCAAAAGGAAACAUCUAUAUUGUUCAAUACAUUUUGAUAUGGUUAAGUUAUGUGUUCAGCCUGAUCAAAAGUGAAGAAAAAGGCAGUCUAAAUGAAUUUUAUAAUAAAUAUAUAGAAACUGGCGAUAGCUAUAAAAAGGAAAUAAACGAGGUUACUAAUAAAAAUUAUAAGGAUCUUAUAGAUAAAAAUAAAUAUAUUUUAAGUAUGGAUAAGAGCAUUAUAUCUAAAUUAUAUGAUGUAUUUAGUACAUUAUGUAACAUAUAUAUUGAGGUUGAUGGAAGCAACUCAAAUUGCGAGAAAUCUUCUGAAAAAGCUAAUCAAUUUGUUGAAACAUAUAAAAAAAUUAUCAUAGAUCAUAACAUUGGUGAAAAUAUCCACUAUUUUUAUGUAUUGAUUAAUUUAUUAACUGAUUAUGACAAUUUAAAAAAAAAAUGUGAAAAAUUCCCAUCCACUCCAGAUAUAAAAAAAAUAAUUUCUGAACAUGUUUCUGAAGCUACAUCAAGUUCGAUAACAAGCAAAUUAAUUCCAAUUUUGUCGAUAUUAGUUGCAAUACCAAUUUUCUUGGGAAUUGCUUAUAAGUAUUCGUUAUUUGGAUUUCGGAAACGAUUUCAAAAACAACAUUUAAGAGAAAAGCUAAAAAAAUAA